GCAAUUUUCUUGUCAGUACAAUUUCCCGUGAAUGUUUCUUGACAGUUUUAAGUAAUGAAAAGCUAUUCAUUGAGUGCAUGGUAAUGGUUGUUGAAGGAUCGUUGCGAUGAACAUCCUCGGUUUAAAUAUCAUAUCAUUUCUUUGUUCGUUAGACAUUUCUUCAGUAAUCGAAGUAUUUAAGUGUAAACAUGUUAGAGACGUUAUCGUAUUUCACUGUUUUAAAGAAAAUCAAUUAAUACUACCGCAACGAAUGUUUCAUUUUAAUAAUUUUCGUACAGUGUUUGUGUUCAUCUCCAAUAAUAUUUCCUGGGAAUUACCAAAUUCGUAUCCAAAAAUUGGAGUUUUAAUCAACACGUCUUGUGAUGGUUGGGAGAAGUUUCAAGAGUUUCAGAACUCACACACGUGGGUUUAUUACACAGAUAAUCUCACCUCGACAAUCACAGCUUUAUCUACAUUUCCUAUUGAAAUUAAUAGCGAUGUCACAGUCGUAUAUAAAGAGAACAGCGCGUAUCAAGUAUUCGAUACUUACAACACAGGAAGAAAAAAUAAUGGCGUUUUCAAUGUUAACUAUAUCGGUCAUAUAAAUCCUGGUUUGCAAACAAACUUAAAAUUUACUACAAGAAACUUAAAUGGAGUCACAUUAAAAUCUACAGUGGUGAUUUUGAAAAAAGUGCAAUAUGAAUCUUUUGAGGAAUAUUUACGAAAGACAGAACAAACUGGAUUGGACUCAGUGCAUAAACAUAAAUUCUUUCAACUGUUGCAAUAUAUUAGCGAAAUGUACAAUAUUACCUAUGAUCUAAUAAGGACAAAUACUUGGGGUUAUGCACACGACGGAAGAAUUGAUGGCAUGGUUGGAAGUCUGCAGCGUCACGAGGCUGAUGUCGGCGGUUCGCCUAUAUUUUUUAAAACCGACAGAGCUUACGUUGUUGACUAUGUUGCUGAAACUUGGCCGUCAAAACAGAGCUUCAUUUUUCGUCACCCAAAGCAUCCGACCGGUGUUCAUACUGUUUAUUCCAGACCACUAAGUAACUCAGUUUGGUAUUGUGUAAUAGCGUUUUUAUUUGUAACUGCUUCGACAGUUUUCUUUAUGCUUAAAUUUAACAUCGACGAGAUAGAACGCGCCGAAACAUCUCAAAGUCUUGCAUUUUUAUUUGCUUGGAGCGCGAUCUGUCAACAAGGUAUGUCACUCAGACGUAAUUCUUUGGCACUAAAAGUUGUCGUUUUCGUUACUUUCGUGUGCUCCAUAACAUUGUAUCAGUACUAUAAUGCAACUGUAGUUUCAACAUUGCUCAAGGAAUCUCCGAUAACUAUACGGACUUUGAAGGAUUUACUGCAGAGCGAUUUGAAAGUAGGAGUCGAAGAUGUCGCCUACGUUAAAGAUUAUUUUGCGCACACAAAAGAUCCGAUUGCUAUUACAAUGUAUGAGAAGAAGAUCGUCACAGGUAACAAUCGUAACUUCUUUGACCCGGAGUACGGCAUGUCUUUGGUGAAAAAAGGAGGCUAUGCUUUCCACGUGGACACAGUUUAUUCAUACGGUAUCAUGAAGAAAACAUUCACCGAGAGGGAGAUAUGUGAGAUUCACGACGUAACUAUGUAUCCACCUCAAAAAAUGGGUGCUGUAUUGAAAAAAAAUUCUCCGUACCGGAAUUAUUUUGCAAUCGGAAUUCGCCGGCUAUGGGAAACGGGGUUGAUGCAGAGGAUGAAACACAUAUGGGACGAACCGAAGCCGCCCUGCGUGCGGACCCAGGACAGCAGCAUUUUCUCUGUCUCUAUAUUAGAAUUUUCUACGCCGCUUUUUAUUGUUGUGUUUGGCGUGAUUGCAUCUGUAGUGGUAUUGUUGUGUGAAACAUUAUUUGACACUCUUUUUAAUAUGAGAUGAAAGUAUUAUAGCUAGUUAAAUUUUAUGUUAUUGGUCACGGUACACGUUGUGCAAAAAAUGUAAUUAGGCUUUUGAUUGUAAAACUUAUUAAGAAUUCGGUUCGGUUAAUUUAUUUUUGGGAUUUUUUUUAAGAGUAUAUGUACUUACUUUGCGUUAUAAGUCUUCAUUCUUUCAUAAGAUUAUGUUACGAGUUUGGGUAUUUUAAAAUUAAUUCAAUACAAUGUGUGCAAAAUGAUCGCAAAGUAGUUGUGUGCUUUAUUUUUAUCUUUGAUUAUUCUGAGUAUCUCAAGACACAAUUACGAUAAAAAAUAUAUUUAACAAUUCCCUUUCAACAAACAAAAAAUCGACCAAUUUAUAAAGUACCUACGCUGGAUAGAGUGGUAAAAGAUCAUCCCACCCAAAUUUAGAUAUGGGAUUUACUUCAAUCUACACGAAUUGUUUGGGUUUGUUUGUUACAUGGUAUUCGGGAUAAUUUACUGUGAAACAAUAUAAGCUUACGACGUUAAAUAUUAAUUAAAAGCUACCUGUUCGCAAAAAGGGUGGAUGUUGUACAAUCGUAAAUGAUUAAUUUAAGCCGUGAAGUUCCUACUCAGGAGUUUGUAAAUAUAUACGAAUAUCCUAUCUACAUUAAUAAAACUGUGUGCUUACAUCCUC